GACACAAAUUGCUUCUCUUAUCCCUCUAGACCAGUGAUGUGGGAGAUUAGAGGUAAUAUUAGAAGCAUCUUUGGAAGAUUCGGCACUGCCCUAGACCAUCUAUUAAAUGCAUCAUAUGAGGUCUUCAACAUUUCGCGCAAAAAGGUUUUCGGCGUUAAGCGUGAAAGGGUUUCAUCAUUUGAGUUUUUUGGAAGUCUUCAACAUUUCGCGCGAAAGUUCUUUUGGGUCUUUAGCAUUUCGCAUGAAAGUUCCUUAGAGGUUUUCAGCGUCGAUCACUUAGG